UCCAGCGAACAGCGCAGAGAGAGCAGAGAGAGUGAAGUGAGGAGAAGAGCUGUCCUGCCUGCCGGAGAAUAGCUUCAUUUAGCACACAAUAAAAGAGUGAAGGACUCCGGGAAAAGGGAAUGUCAGCGCGAAUAUCUUGAAGAAACCACUGAUUUACUUCUUCACCUCUUUGUUUCUUAUUCAAGAGUUUAUCCAAGAACCUGCAGUGGAGAGGUAAAGGUUUGAAGAAGCAACAAAUCAAGGUUUUGAGGAGGAAUCAUUGGAAUCUGUUCAAAGCUUAUUUUUCAGUUUUCAGUUUUGGAUAAAGAUGCCAGAGAAGAAGAUCGGAAAUCCAGGGAUGAGCAUCUUCAGCUGGUGUCGGGUGGCCGCUGUGGUAGCUCUGAUCUUGAUCAUACUGGGAGGGCUGGGAGCCGCCAUCUGGGCCCUUGUCACAUAUCUCAGAACAACAGAAGAUACUGGUUUAUUUGAUGUUUACACUGAAUUAUGUUUGCGUUUGGCAGAUGGCCAGAUGGGUACAGUAACCGGCUGGGGUAACGUGGAGUAUUACGGCACUCAAGCCAACGUCCUCCAGGAAGCCCAUGUGCCCAUCAUCAGUGACGCGGUGUGCAAUGGCCCAGAUUAUUAUGACAACCAGGUCACAACCACUAUGUUCUGUGCCGGUUAUGAGAAAGGAGGAACCGACUCCUGCCAGGGGGACAGCGGUGGUCCUUUCGUAGCAGUGGAUGUCCUGUCUAAGACCAGCCGCUAUCGUUUGCUGGGGGUGGUGAGUUGGGGCACAGGCUGUGCCAUGGCCAAAAAGCCUGGCGUCUACACGCGUGUGUCACGCUUUCUGCCCUGGACAUCCACAGCCAUGAGGAUGUAUGAAAACUCCCCAGGAGUGCACAAAAUGGCACGGGCGGUCACACCAUAGCCAUUCAGAGUGGAAAUUUUUUUAAUAUGAGACUGAAAUGUUGCCUGUUGAGGUCAGAUGUGUUGCUCGGAUCAGUCUGAGAUCAGACGUCUGGUGUUGAUCAGAUGUUCUGUGAUGAUCAACCUGUCCCAAGGACAAUAUCUGACUCACGGAGGCCAAGAACCAUUUCUGAUGCUGUACUUUGGGUAAAUAUGUUUAUGAACAUAACAUGUGUUAUUAACGUAGAAUAUGCUAUUUUUCUCUGAAAAAUCUACCAAAAUACAGUAUAAUAAGAUAGGUUGAUUAAAAUUAGCAAUAUUGACUGAACCCAAAAACACUCAUUAUAGUGCUGUCAAACGAUUAAUUGCGAUU